GGUGUUACUGUGUCAUACGACCGUAGUAUUCGGAUUUGAUAUUUUUAUGAAAAUGUUUAAGUUAUAUAAAAUAUUUUUGGCGCUAAUGCCAUUUUUAGUACUUCAAGUGAUCGCUAAUUUUCCUGAUAAUCCCAAGCCAUGCAAAUUUGGUGAUAAAACUUGUAUAAUGAAUACCAUUGAAUACCUAAUGCAUGAAAAAUCUCAAGGCUUUGCUUCGCUGAAUUUGGUCAAAACGGAACCGUUGAGAGUAGCUAAAAUUGUGAUGAAACAAGGGGGUGAAAGUCCAGUCAACAUUGAUUUGACCUUCACUAAUAAUGACGUAACGGGAUUCAGCGAAAUCAAGAUGAAUAACGUAAAGGGCUUUGGCAAAGAGUUGACGACAAAACACGACCUUUACGUUACUGCACCUGUUCUCAGUUUGAUCGGUGAUUACUCAAUCAAAGGACGUGUGCUAGUGCUGCCGAUUACUGGCACCGGCACUAGCAAUAUUACAAUGGUUAACGUUAAAAUUCACAUUCAGUUUACUGGCGCUCCAAUGCAAAAAUCGGACGGCAUCUACAUGAAUGUGAAAGAUGUGCGCUUGCGAGUGGAUCCUUCAAGAAUGAUUUUUAAUUUUGACAACCUCUUUAAUGGCGACAAGGUGUUGGGUGAUACAAUGAAUAACUUCUUGAACGAGAACUGGAAGGAUAUUUACGAAGAAGUGCGUGCCACAUUUGCGAAUGCUUUUGCCCAGAUCUUCUCCGCCCUCAUACAUAAGGUGUUCAGCAAAUAUCCUUAUGAAAAAUACUUUUUGGAAUGAUUUUUUUCAUUCAGGAGCGAAUUGCAGUUAAUUUGAAUUAAUACAGUUUAUAAGAAAAGUACCACUUUUAAAUAUCUCAACUGAUGUAUGUGCAAAUUUCUUAAUAAAAACUUGUAUACCCCUAUGAUAUAUGUAUAUAGAUAUGUAUAUACUAUAUGUACACAUAUACAUAGUAUGUCAAUGUGGCGUUAGAUUUUUGGAAGAUGUACUGUGUAUGUUUUUAAAAAAUGUAUAAGUAUAAAUUGUUGCCAUGUUGAUUUUCAAAAUUGGUUAACUUCUCAAUUCCCAAGCUUAACUCAGUAAGAAACUUUUUUUUCGAU